AUGUCUAAGUUGUACAUUAUUCUGCAGUCCGUUUCGCUAUUAAAGUCGGUCAUUUUUAAAAAUUUUAUAUCGAAAGUACACACUUCUAUUGACACAGAUGCCAUGGUUGAUGAAAAAUUUAUGACAAUUUAUCGAGACAUAGAAUUGAAAGACAACUACACUAGAGUAUUCUUAACGCCAAAUAUAACAACAACAACAACGCAACACAACAACAAAGAUUAUUACAUUUUCAUAUCUGCUGUAGUAGAGCAGUUAAUUAUUUGCAACGACACCGACAACAACAUCUCAACUCAAAACGUUCACAACAUCAAAAACAACAACAUUACAAAUAGCUACAACAACCACAACUACAACAACCACAACUACAAAAACCACAACUACAACAGCCACAACUACAAAAACCACAACUACAACAGCCACAGCUACUACAACCAUUCAGCUUAUUUCAACAACAACAACAGCAACAACAACAGCAACAACAGUUUUAAUGAAAUCAGUUUCAGCAGAACAAAAGAGGUCACAGGUUUCAAAGAAGUCUGCCCGAAUAAGGCGGAAAGUUUUUAUUGCAAAUUGAAUGAUGACUCGAAAAACGUGCUUAGAUCGUCAGAUGGCAAUGAUGAUGAAGAUCGCGAUGGUGGCAAGGACGAUGACGUCAUUUUGGAGAAUGUCAAUAAUAAUUAUUAUGGUGAUGGUUAUUAUUAUAAUACUUUGACCGGCAAAAAGAGUAUUAACGGACCUAAAGAUGAAAGAUCAAAUAAAGUUGGUCGUGAUAUUUGGGAUAGUAAUAAUGAUAAUAAUAAUAAUGAUAAUAAUAAUGAUGAUGAUAAUAAUAAUAAUAAUAAUAGACUUUCUAUGAGCCACAGCAAAAAAACUGAAGCUGAUAACAGCCCCGACAACAAAAAUAACAUUCACGACAACGCAAUCAGCAAAGCAUACCCCAGCAGCAGCAACAACGACGCCACGAGUUCUGUGGCUCAUAAUUCAGCCGCACCAAAAAACGAAGGCAAUCAAAAAAUUUUAAAUGACUAUUCUGCAAGAGCAGAUCAGACAUACGAUGAUGCCAGCGUAUUCAAAAGGCCUAAUGUAAAUUUAAGAGCGGUCGAUGAUAACAUCUCUAAAAAAGCCAUUCAUGCAACACCAUUCAAAUCGUCGUCGUCGCCAUCUUUGUUGUCUUCGUCUUCAUCAUCUUUACUCUCAUCAUCUGCAUCACCAUCGUCGUCAUCAUCUGCAUUAUUCUCGCAGUCAUCUACUCACUCAGAACAUUCUCGUAGAGUAAAACGAUCUCGAAAUAAUUUAAAAUCUUCCUCCUCCUCCUCCUCGUUCUCAUCUCAAUCGACUCCAUCUGAGAACUCACUGUUGCCAUCAGAUAAACUUCCAUCUCGUUCUUCAUCAGAAAUAUCACCAUCAAAAACAUCAGCAUUAGAACCUUCAGAAACACUACUAGCAGCAACCACAACAACUACAGCCCACACAGCCACAACCACAACAGCCACAAAAUACAUCAUCAAACUCAUCUACGCCGACUCGAAAUGUAGCGAUCGGUUUGCGCCCAUUGCCGCAAUAGACAUGUACGUCAACAAAUCGGUCCAAGCCUUCCUCGGACCGACAUGCGAAUUUGCACUGGCACCGAUUGCUCGAUACGCAGCUUUCUGGAACAUUCCUAUUUUAUCCGCGGGAAUCGGAAGUGCUGCAAAGGCUUUCAACGAUAAACAAGAAGUCUUCCGAAUGCUGACCAGAAUGACCAGUUCCUUCCGUCAGCUGGGCAAAUUUUUGGUGGAAAGUCUACGGCAGGAGUUUGGUUGGAAGUACAUGCCGAUCCUCUACGAGAAAUACUUUGAUGGAGUGCACAGCAGUCUGGGAAGUGCGAGUGAUGAGUGUGUUGGGUGCGAGAGAGAGGCGAGAAACAUCAAGAGCAGAAGGAAGAACAACAACAGCAAGAAAGAGGACAACCGUCCCCAGCCAUGCUACUUCACGAUGGAGGCCAUCUUUGAUGAGCUGACGACGGGGGGAAGGUCAUUGUACAGGGCCGAGGUGGACUCCACAAACAUCUAUGAACGUGUUCACAAUGUGUCUAAACGGGGCAGAAGUUAG